AUGAAAUUUGGGACAUGGAACAUUUUAUCUUUAUAUCGAACUGAAGCAUUGCAAAUGCUUUUGCAACAAUUGGAUGAAUGCAAGAUUGAUCUAACUGCAAUUCAAGAGAUAAGAUGGGCUGGAAAGGAAGUGAUUAAUAAGAGAAACCACACGGUCUUUUUUAGCUGUCACCCUGAUCAUCACAAGGAAGGAACAGGGUUCAUUGUUAGUAAACGUAUUAAGAAUCUGGUUAUGAACUUCAUUGCUGUUUCUCCUAGACUCUGUGUGAUUAGGAUCAGAGGACAGUUUUUCCACUAUAGUAUAAUUUGUGCUCAUGCACCCACUGAAGACAGGUCAGAUGAUGAAAAAGAAACCUUUUAUGAAGAACUAGAUAAGAUUUUUAAUGACUGUCCACGGCAUGAUAGAAAACUAAUUAUUGGAGAUCUUAAUGCUAAGGUGGGAAAGGAAUCUGAAUUUCAUUCAGUUAUUGCUACUUGGAGAGCACCAGAUGAAUCAUUUGCUAAUCAGAUAGAUCAUGUACUUAUUGAAGCUAGACAUUAUUCUAAUUUAUUAGAUGUUCGAACUUACAAAGGUGCCAAUGUUGAUUCAGAUCAUUUUUUGGUAAUUUCAAAAGUGCGAGAAAGAAUAUCCGUGGUAAAAAAUAAAAAAGGUGCAGUUUUGAAGGAGUUCAACUGUGAUAAACUUAACGUAAAGGAUAUAAAAACGAAAUAUAUCAAUGAUGUUGAAGCUGCUCUCACUAACAUGCACUGGGAGAAUGAUUCUGUUGAGUCAAAAUGGCUACAGUUGAAGGAAAAAAUUUGUAAUGCUGCUGACAACAUUAUUGGUAAGAAGGAAAAGAAUUCAAAUAAAGAUUGGUUUGAUGAUGAGUGUGCUGCAGCAUCCAAUACUAAAAACAUUGCUUAUAAGAAAAUGAUUCAAAAGAAUACAAGAUUUAAUGCUGAUGAAUAUAGACGAUUAAGGAGAGAGGAAAAGCGAAUCCAUAAGAGCAAGAAAAAAGCUUUUGAAGAGGAAAACCUAAGAGAUAUUGAGUCCCUGAAGACAAUAAAUGAAAGCCGAGUUUUCUACAGACGAAUUAAUAGAAGUCGAAUGGACUUUAAACAAACAUCUAACCUCUGCAAAAGUAAAGAUGGUUUGAUUCUGACAGACAAACAGGCUGUACUUAGCAGAUGGAGUGAACAUUUCCAAGAAAUGUUCAGUAAACAUGAUCAAUCCUAUUGCUCUGGGAGCGUGUUUGAAAAUAAGAAUAAUGAAGAUAUACCUCCACCUGAACUGGGCGAGGUUGAUAGUGCUAUAAAAAAGUUAAAAAGCAACUGGGCAGGACAGGAUAGCAGCUGA